GCCCUGCGGGACAUGGUGAAGGCAAGGGUCGACAAGGAGGCCGACCAGGCAGUUCGGACGAUACUGCAGCAGUCCGUCGCGCGGGCGUUGGAGUACGACAUGCGCCUCUGCCCUUGGCAGUGCCUCGAAGCGCACGCUGCCCGCCUGGCCUGCGAGUGCACGCGCGCGCUGGAGGCGCUCCUCGGCGACCCGAUGGACGACCUCGCGCAGGAGCAAGUCGCCUUGCCUGGGGCGUCAGGCGGUCUCGCGCUGACGCUUCCGUCGGAGCUCCAGGCAACGGCCGCUCUCCACGCAGCUGAG